CGUGGGGCAGUACCGUACAAAUGUUGAACUGCUGCUGCGAAGUGUCAGACGACAAUCUAGAGGGGUGCAAAACAACGACCGAAAGGCAAGAGAGAAAAGAUCCGAGCAAAUACCUUCCGUCAAGUUCGCGACGAAAUUACCAAAUUCCGUUUUUGUUUCGACUACCUUCUACUCGGAAGCAGAAGCAAACCAGAACCAGGACCAUCUCCCGUCCGGGUUCAGGAAUUCCGGGCACCAGUUGGGUUGGUUGCCCCGUUGCUAUUCGAGGGCCAUAAGAAUCAGGGAAGAGGAUUUUACGACGAACCGAAGAGAAUCGAAACAACAGCAGCAACAUGAAGAAGAAGGUGCUGUUGAUGGGCAAGAGUGGCUCCGGCAAGACCAGUAUGCGGUCCAUCAUCUUUGCCAACUACAUUGCUCGGGACACCCGGAGAUUGGGCGCCACAAUCGACGUCGAGCACUCGCACGUGCGCUUCCUUGGCAACCUGGUGCUGAAUCUGUGGGACUGCGGCGGCCAGGAAUCCUUUAUGGAGCAGUACUUCGCGAGCCAGAAGGACAACAUCUUCCGCAACGUGGAGGUGCUGAUCUACGUGUUCGAUGUCGAAAGCCGGGAGAUGGAACGGGACAUGCACUACUACCAAUCCUGUUUGGAGGCGAUCCUGCAGAACUCACCGGAUGCCAAAAUUUUUUGCCUGGUGCACAAGAUGGAUCUGGUGGCGGAGGAGCAGAGGGAUGUGAUUUUUAAGGAGCGAGAGGAAGAUUUAAAGCGACUGUCGAGACCUUUGGAUUGUACGGCUUUUCGGACCAGCAUCUGGGAUGAAACGCUUUAUCGGGCGUGGAGUAGUAUCGUGUAUCAAUUGAUCCCUAAUGUGAAGGCCCUGGAGAACUCGUUGAACUACUUUGCGAGUGUGGUGGACGCCGAUGAAGUUCUGCUGUUUGAACGGGCAACUUUUUUGGUCAUCUCACAUUGUCAGCGAAAGCAGCACAGGGAUAGUCAUAGGUUCGAGAAGGUUUCCAAUAUCAUCAAACAGUUCAAGCUGUCCUGUUCAAAGCUGGGAGCGAAAUUUUCCUCUAUGGAAGUUAGGAACAGUAUAUUCGCAGCCUUCAUCGAUACCUUCACGAGUAAUACCUAUGUGAUGGUGAUCAUGUCGGAUCCGACGAUUCCUUCGGAGGCGACGCUAAUCAACAUCCGGAACGCUAGGAAAUACUUCGAGGAACUCGAAAAUCCCAACGGCAGCUUUAACGGAGCGGCCAACGCCAUACACUCGGCAGCUUCCCACGCGGCAGCCGUCAGCCAAGGGAUGGUCAAUGGAGGAUCGUCCCACUACUACAAUCACCAUCACCAGAACCACCAACAGCUACAGCAACAGUUCCUCCAGCAGCAGCAACAACAGCAACAGUACCACAACGCCAACAAUCCGUAUCACUGAUAUUUAGUCAAACGCAAGUACUUUUAUUUCAAGUAACACCAGCACCAGCUUUCCAAAUCCGUUGUUACUUCUUAGUAAGUGUUACGUCUCCUCCUGCUUUUACCUUUUGAACUUACCUUCUUACCACUUUUGAGCUUGCGAAUCAGAUUACGGCCCGUUAAUCAGUCCCAGAAAAAUAGGACUUAAAAUACAAACUAUGAUGAUGAUGAUGAUAAUUUUCUGAGACAGUGUCGAUUCUUUUAUUUUCAAAACCAGUUAAAUUGUUAUGUUUUUAUUAGCAAAGUUUAUCCAAUCUACGAUUGCAGAUAGUUCUACUAUUAAAAUAACGCAAGCGAGCGCGUGAGAGAAAAAAACGAGUCAUCAGAAUCUUCCUUCAAUGUAGAAAACAAACAUUAGUAAUCAAAAAUAAGUAAAACAUGCAGAAAAAACGGAAGAGUUCAUUGUUUUCCACUAAAAAAAACCUCCCCCGCGCUCUGUUUAGUCAUUCGUCGUGGUAUCAACGAAGAAGAACCAUUUUUCGAUUAGUAACGAUUGUAUGAUUGCAAUCGAGAAAAGGGUGUUAGCCAACCACGUUGUUAAUUAACCUAGGGUGAACAAAAUGAAAUUAAUAAAACAAACAAACCAUGUGCAACAAAAAACGACAUCAAGUGAAAACAAACACAUAAAUACACACAAGACAUCAAAUGUAAAGUGCGCGACGAUUAAGGAAUAUCGAAAUGAUGAAAAAAAUAUCUGGACCUGAAGUAGUUUGCUGAGGACAUUUAGUAAUAAAGACAGUUUUAUAGGA